UUUAGUCUUGUACAGAGCAAAGAGGGAGAAGCGGCAAAGGUUUUCUUCCUCGGCGUUACGUUAAAAAUUGGGGGAGGCAAAAAGGAGACAAAUGCAUCUAACCCUUGGCACCAAUUUCUCCGUGUUGCAGUGAUUUCGACUCAACGUCUUCGUCAACAAAAUUGGAAGGGAAAUUAUGCCUGUCAUCAUAGCGAGGCACAUUGUGAGGAAAAUUCUCUGCUUAUUUUGUCUGAAAGCGGAAAUAAAUAACAUUAACUGUACGAUUUGAAAGACAAAGAGUGAUAUAACAAUAUCUGGGAAAAGAUGCUGCAGAUUCGGCUUAGCAAGCCAUCCAGCGAAGGUGUUGGGGUUGCAAAGCCCUUGCCAGCGGAAACUGUUACUGUUGCAUGUCCUCAACACCUUGUCUUAGCCAAUCUUCCUGUAGCCAAGGGUCUCGGGUCGGCAAGUGCAACUUCCAUCAUCAAGACUGCUGGUCGCAGAUCCCGUCGCCAGCCUGGGGAGCGAACUCAUUUUUGCGUCCGCUGUGACUUCCCUAUUGCUAUCUAUGGACGCCUGAGCCCUUGUGAACAUGCCUUCUGUUUGGACUGUGCUAGAAGUGAUUCUCUUUGUUACCUCAUUGUAUGUGAUGAGCGCAUUCAGAAGAUUCAGACAAUCAAACUGAUGGAAGGAAUCUUCAUCUGCGCAGCCACUCGUUGUUUCAAGUCAUUUGUAGAGACGUCUGAAUUUUUGUCUCAUUUGAAAGAGAAUCAUGUUGAAGACCUUCCUCCCAAUACAGAGAAAGAAGGAAACAAGUUAGAAGCUAUCAGUGCAAGAAAAUCUUCUGCCUCUGAUUCCACAGUUCAAGCACCACCAAAACCAGUUGUUUACCCUAAUUCGAAUUCCCAUGUACAUGAUCGUGAGCACGAGGAUCAACAUCCCCAAUCCAGAGACCAUCCAUCUCCAGGGUCUGUUUUGAACUCAGGGUCCACGCCACUAUAUUUUGGACCAGUCCCAAGUCAUACACCAGAGCAGCGACUUGAUGGUAACCAAUUCCAUGUUUUUGACAGGGUGGGUCCCCAGAACCAAUAUCCUCAGCAAGCUUUUGACUCACAGGCGGUCCUGCAGCAAGAUUCAGUGCCAAUUGAUCCAAACCCAGUAAUUGCUUCCUCACAAUUUGGUUAUGCCCCUUCUGUUCUUGAUGGAACCCAACAGUUCUAUGGCACUCCCUAUGACAUGGCGAGGCCAGUUUCAACACCAGAAGUCAGACCAGAACACGGUUCACUCUUAGGUUUCCCACCAGGUCCUGCUGGAGCUUUGAAUCCUGAACAAAAUUACCCUCGACCCUGGAGUAUGGGGCCUGCUGCAGAUGGCUUCAUGAAUGCAUCUGAUCCUCAAGGAAUAGCAUUCUUUCAAGGUGGCUAUGGACGGAAUAUGGGCAUUUUACCUUCAAACCCCCCACCACCUUCAGCCAUCAACGGGGUAGAACAGAGGCAAACUGGAAAUUUUAUCGACCCGAGGGAUUGCAAUAGAAUAUUGCCACCACAACCUUUACCUCCACCAGCCUCGUCACACUUUCAACAGGGCAGGCCCUACUAUGGUACUGGAAGUCAUGAUGCACCACCAGGCUUUGAAAGUGGCCAAGACUAGUUAAUCUAUUUAUUCCAUUAAAUAGCCUUGCUGAUUUUUCCCGGUUUAACCAUGUCUUCUGUCAUUUGAACUAAUAAACAUGAACUGCUCAUGGAUUUUUGAUGAUAUUUUCAAAGAACUCUGCUAAAGAGAAUUUUGAUGAUUUUA